AUGCAAACGUACAGCCGUGGUUACAACGUCCCCCCGCUGCCUAUAAGACGGAAACCGACACCACUUGACGCAGCGCCCACCACACCACAUGCAACUCAUCGACGACCACAGGCAUAUGCACCAUUUACGCCACAACAACAUCCAUACCUGGACCCUCCACCUCCUUAUGCCGGACCAACACAAGCACAAGGCCAAAGUCCAGGCUCAGCAUUCGAACUCAUCGACCUCAUCGACGAUUAUCUAGACGACUUUGACGAUGCUCCCGCUCAUAGUCUCACAGCAGCUGGUUCUGGAUCCCACCUUCGCCAGCCCUCGGCUGUUCCUCAGCCCAUUACCUUCCACAAGGAGCAAACCACGGCUUUUACGACACGGGAGGUAUUGGUAAAGGAUGAAAAGCCGCCUCUUCUUCCACCAAAAGUCCCGGAAAGACAGCAAAGGCCUGGUACACCCAAUGGACAGGGUACGCAGGGACAAACAUUCCAGGCUUACUGGCCCGCGGCAAAUAAUCCGCCUUCGUCGUUGAAUUUGGGGGAACAAGCGACGGGGAGGCCAGUGAGUAGUGGGACUAGAGGUAGUGAGACGCCGAGGCAUGAGCAUCCAAGUGUUCUACAACCGGGAGGAGGAAGGGGAUUGUCUUCGCCUUUCCAUGGCCGGCCUCGAACUGCUCAAGAUGCGCAUUAUGGCGACGGACAUCACCAGCAUUACCAGCAGCAGCACCAAGGACAUGGGUAUGCUUAUGGUCUUGCUUAUGGCAAUGGAGGACACCAAUGGCCUACGAUGAUGGAUAUCCCCCCCGAAAGGCAACCUCAAGGGGACUAUCACAGCCCUCACACACAGCAGCACUUCCGCAACCACAACAAUCUUAAAGUGCAGACUAGCAUGCCCACCCUCCGACCUGGUCCUCCCCUGUCAUCUUCGAGCCAUCUCUCUCCAUAUCCCACCCCUUCUCCGUCAGCAUAUGCAUUCGAACCCCCCUCCGCGGCGCCACGAAGCCCAAGUGGCCCAGUCCCUCCACUUCCUCAACGAGCAGCAACUACCGGCCAUGGAGGUCGUUUCGGUCCACCACCGGGGCUGGGAAAUGACGAAUAUCGCCAGCAGCCGCAUACUCCAUUGACACCUCACUCGCCGUAUCCGCCUUCAUACAACAUGUCAGCUAGCAGCCCGAAUCGAUGCGGAAGUGCUCUACCCAGUCCCGGACCACCCGAAGAUCCCGGGACUUUCGGAUCGGGACAAGCCGCCUGGAACGGAGCAAGCGGAGCGGGGCCCACUUUUGACGGCCUGGGCUUUCCCGGACCUCCACCGGGCCCUCCACCACCCCGCGCUGCGACGACGACGGCAGCUAUCCCUUUCCCUCCUCCUCCUCCACCGCGGCUGCCGGGACCGCCACCGCAGACGUUGGGUUUCCCGGGGCAUCAUCCUCACCCUCAACUAGCUCAAGCAUUUCCUCCUCCUCCUCCUCCUCCUCCUCCACCACAAUGUUUGCCCGAGCGUCCGCAUCCCCAUUUACAGCAUGCCAAGACCUUUGCCAUAGCGAAACCACCGCACCCACAACAACAACCCCAACUCCACCACUCCCAAUCCCUCCCACAGCUCCAACUCCAACAAUCCGAGUCCUCCAAAAAGGAAGAGACAAAAGGAUUCUGGUCCAACGCCCUCUCCGAAACCGCCUACCUCGCAUCGGGCCUCAUUUCCCACCCCUUUGAGUCCACCAAGCACUACACCAUUCUGCGCCACUCGCCGGCUGUCAUCUGGCACCACGGCCCCAAAACGACCGUGACCAUCUCUAUCUUUUCGAGUCCCAAGUACCCGCUUCCUGCUUUGCCUUCUUUGCCGCCUGCUGCUGGUGUCAGUUCGGAUGUAGCCAGGAAUGGAAAUGGAUGGUCGUUGUGGAUCCAGCAGCGCGGGUUUUCUGGGGACUCGGGGAUGAAGAUCAAGAAUUGGUUAGGUGGACGGGAGGAUUGGGUCUGUGUGACGCCUGCUAGUAAAGUUCUGGCUGAGGAGUUGGAGAGUGGAAGUGCUGGCAAGACGGGUGGACAAGGAUUGUUAGGGUUGGGAGGGGCAACGGAAGAAAGGGGGUGGAAGAGGGAUAUCAAGCGGACGGAGAAGAAGCUGAAGAAGGAGUUCGGCGACAAAAAGGGACAUGUGGCACGCUUGACGGCUGUGGUGCGGGUGCCGGAGGGGUGUGAGGACGGGUAUUUUCGGGUUCAUUUGUGCGUCAACCCAGAUGGUUCAGAAAUGGACGACGAGAAAAGGAAGAAAAGUGAGAAAGAUCCACAGCCGCUGCUUGAAGAGCAGCGGAAAAGGACGAAGGUGUUGUGCUCGAGCCCGAUAUUUAGGUUGGCGAGUACAUCCACUGACCCUUCGUCCAUCCGCGGCGCCUCUCUGUCGACCAUGCCGCUGGAAAUGGGCCUCUCUCUCACCUCUUUUAUCGCGUCGGAGAUGGUCGCCUCCAAAAUUGCGCCAAUCAAGGACCCAAUCACUAAAAUCAUCGACCCCUACCGAGCGCAUCCCAUCGUUGAAGAACUCGGAAUCAUUGCUACCGAGGAGGUCAAGGCCGCGAGGGAAGAGGCCGAGGAGGAGGAGCAGGAACGGUUGAGGGAGUUGUUUGGUGCUAUGUGUGUUGUUGCUGGUGCUGGUUCUGCUGCGGGUAUGGCGACGAGGAGAGGGCCAGAAGGAAGUCAACAAGGGAGCGGAAUGCCGGGCGUGGUUGGGCCCGACGAAGGACCGCUAGCGCCGCUGCCAAUCCGGUUCGGAGGGAAAGUGGUCCCCGGGACGGGAAGAAGCACAGCGGAAAUGGGCAUCCCCACAGCCAACCUCAAAGACCUACCAGAGGAAAUCAAGCACUACUUCAAAGGCGUGUAUUUCGGCUAUGCUCGCAUCAUUCCCGGCAAGGGUGGCCCCAUUGGCCCCGGUGGCCCAAUGGAGGAGGUCUGGUAUGAAGCGAUCAUUUCUUCGGGCCCGGUGCCGUACGCGAAGAAAACAGCUGUUAUCGUGGAACAACAGACCACGGUGCACCUCAUCACCGACUUCGGUGCGGGCGUAACCUUCUUUGGAAGCAAGGUGGAAGUGUUGGUCAUGGGUUUUCUGCAUCCAGUGUUGGACUAUCGCGAGACUGGCCCGCAGUACCGGCUCGACGCCGCUCACCAGGAUGUCGUCCUUGCCCUAGCUAGUCUCAACCGGCCGAAAUGGACCGCCCAAUCCACCCUUCAACGCAUGGAAGCCGCCGAAACCAACCAUGACGGGGAAAGGGGUUUAAUAGGAGGAUUCAAGAAGACCAAGGUGGUGGAAAAGGGACAGGAAGUGAAAGAAAAGAUUAGCGAGGCAAAGGAUAAGGUGGCGAAGCAGAUCGAUCGGAUACCGGUGCAUAAAGUGGGAAUUAGAAAGGACGAUGGCAAGGCAAGGGAUCGGUAUUAUGGGACGGGAGGGUAUUGGAUUCACAGGUGUUAA